UCUGCCUGCCUGUGGAAGGACACCGUUGGCACUAACUUUGGGUUGGCGUGUAAAUGGGGAACCUCCCUUUACCUUUUUAUUUUUUUUGUAGGGGUGGGCGCCCUAAAACAAACACCAUAUGGCACCUGGGGGGGUGCCGCCUUGGUGCUCCCAGCACCGUCACACGGUGACAAGUUAGAGGGUGGAUCAGUGCCGCUCGAGCCUUCGCUGAUUAGCGUGUGAGCCCCUUGCUAAAACGCUGGCGACGACUCCCUGGAGGUCUGCCUGAACUGCGAGUGCGACUGUAAUUUAUGGCUCGUCUAAAAAACAAUGAAAUCUCUUCACCCUAAAUUAAAAGCAAAGGCCGCAUAAUCGAAUUGCGAACGCGCUAAAUGCAGGGGCCGUUCAUUUGGAGGGCAGACUGGGGGUCGGCGGUUUUACAGCCAUGAUGGCGCAGCGGACCCCGUCGGGGUGCACAGGACCGACUUCCAGGCUGAGCACAAAUUGGAACUCCGAGCUGUGAAGUUGGCCCUGCCAGAACUGCUUGAGGAAGAGGGACGCGGGGCUCCUGAUGCAGUUGCAGGACCUCGACCGACAGAUCAGCGAGCUGAGGUUGGAUUCUGAGAAACCUUCUGACCACAUAGAAGCUGACAGCCGGCCCAGUUCGGGUUUUUACGAGCUGAGCGACGGGGCCUCUGGCUCGCUCUCCAACUCCUCCAACUCGGUUUUCAGCGAGUGUUUGUCCAGUUGCCACUCCAGCACCUGUUUCUGCAGCCCUUUGGAGGCAUCCCUGAGCAUUCCAGAUGGUCAGCCUAAGUGUGCAGAUGACCUCAUGGUUUGGACGGAGUGUGCCGACGGGCACUGCCAAGAUCAACACUUGGGCACAGGUAGGCGCUCUGCCUCUGUCCCCGUCGUUGACGGGUCAUCCGAUGUCCAAAUCAAGUACCAGUGUGACCUGAUUUCACGAAACGGGAUUGACGUCUAUCGUUACCCAAGUCCGCUUCAUGCCGUGGCUGUGCAGAGCCCCAUGUUCUUCCAGUCGCUCGUUGGCCACUUCAGAGAUGAAGCCCUCCAGCUGAGAGGCAAUGAUUCGGCCAAGGGUGACCCGACGGCAGUGCUUCAGAGCCCCUUUUCGCCACCCACCAAGCGCCUGGAAUCUUACAUCCUUGGACUCCUACAGAAGCGGGCACAGCCCAUGAGGACUAACAAGCCCAGGACGAGCAUCAACGCCGACCCUGCCAAGGGCAUCCUGAGACAAGGGAGUGUUUGUGCCAAGCAGGCGACCGGUGGCCCUCAAGUCAAAGCUGCCAGGACAAACUGCACGAGGACAGCCGAUUGCGGAGUGCAAGCAUCUCCUGGCAAGCAGUGGCUGGCUGAAGCCAAUGUGGAGUUGAGACACCCUGCUGCCUGCCCAUGUCCCCCUGACCAGCGUGGGGCUAGCGGCAGCCUUCCAAAGAAGAGAGCGCCAGGGGUCACUAAGGGUCUUCCACUCGGAGGCACCGGUGAGGUGAGCCAAACCCACGUGCUCGCCUCGCCCAAAGACACGGUGCGGAGGCAUUCUGCCAAGGCUGAAGAAAACAAAGGGACCGCGUCCCCCAAGAAGGGCCUCAUGCUGCCCGCCGUGGAUGAACGGCCCAUUCUAGAGCUGAGGAGCGAGGGGUCGUCCUCUCAAAGUCUCGAGGAGGGCAGCAGACAUAUGGUGAGUGCCCACUAUGUCCCUGCCCAGAAGCAAGUGGUGAAGCUCCGAAAGGGCCUCAGAGCGGUGAAGGUCGUGAAGACAAGAAGUGCUACUGGCAGAGGCAAAGCGCAGGCCAACGUGGCGCCCGAAGCGAGUCGGGAGAAGUCAAGGACGGCCAACGUAAAGUAUCGCCUCCCAAGUGAGGCUCCCAAAAAAUCCUCGAGUAAGACGAAGAGAAAUGGCAGCUCCCCGAAUGAUGGUGGCCCACCGGUCCGGCACUCUAAGCAUGCCGGGCACAGCCGGGACGUUGUACUGACCAAGCCGAGGUACAAGAGGAGCGACUACCGGCGGUACAAGACCCUGGGCGACAGCUCGUAUGACGAGGCCCUGCGGCGGGCCAGGAGGCGGCACAAGAGGGAGGCGGCAGGGCAGCUGUCCACCCUCUACGUGCCAUCCAAGCUCCCGUACCGGAGCCCCUACGCGUACACGGGCAGCGACUCUGAGUACUCGGCCGAGUGCGCCUCGCUCUUCCACUCCACCGUGCUGGACACCAGCGAGGACGAGCAGAGCAACUACACGACCAACCGCUUCGGCGACAGCGAGUCGAGCGUGGACGAGGCAGACUUCGUCCGGGACAGCAGCAGCUCGGGCGACUCGGAGGAAAGCGGGGGGCUCGUCUGGCCGCAGUUUGGCCAGGCGCCCACUGGCCCCCCGCAGGCAGAGGCCUUCGUGAAAAUCAAGGCCUCUCAUAACCUGAAGAAGAAGAUCCUCCGCUUCCGCUCGGGAUCCUUAAAGUUGAUGACCACCGUGUGAUGGCCUCUAGACGUCCGCGCGGCCCGGGUCGUCGGCCCAGCCCUUAGCCUCUAAGGCACGUGAACUGGACCGGUGCCCGCGGACACUGACAUAUUUUUUAUUUUUUUUUCCUCUAUUUAUUGCUAACUGUGGAUACACGAGUGUAAAUAGAAUCCCGGGAUUCGGGUGUCCAUUUUUUAAUAAAGAUAUUUAAAAUGACUGGAAA